CUUGAAGGGAGAGUACAUUGCAAACAGCCACAGAGGGCUAUGCAGAUCGUCCCUGGUUAUUCACCACUUGUUAGGUCCUUCAAAGGCAAUGUGGUGUAGCUUUUGAGGCUGUAUAGCACGUGGAGAGCCGGGACUUCGGCAUAAGUGGACCUUUAGCAGUCUGUUAAGACCAUCGAUAGGGCUUGCCUAAGCGAUGAGAGCCUCCACUCGCUUUGCAUUCCCCCAAUCACCCACCAGGGCAGAGAACAACUCCUUCAGCACAUCAGUCCUGCACCGCUCCAUGUCAUGCCCGGCACAGCUGAGCACCCGACAAAGCCAUCUGAAACCCCAGCUGAACACGGCACUGGAGCACAAGGCCCUCCCAAGGGUCAGAGUCAGCGCGACCUUCCAGGCAGGAGCACCCACGGCAGCGGACGAGGAGGAGGACCUAGAUGGCAAGUCAUCAGAGUACAGCGACGUCAUGCAGCAACGCAUGGGCAGCAGCCUCACGUAUUGCCACGAGGACGGCAUCAACUUUGCUCGCGUGCUGGACAACCUCAUAGUGGGGUCCUGCCUGCAGUCGCCAGAGGACGUUGACAGGCUGGCAGAGGAGGAGGGGGUGGGGGCAAUAGUAAAUCUGCAGGAGGACAGUGACAUGGAGUACUUUGAUCUAGACCUGGAGCCGAUCAGGCAGCGCUGCAUGGAGCGUGGGGAUGUGGCGCACAACCGGUACCCAAUCAGGGAUUUUGACCCCUUUGAUCUGCGGCGCAAGCUGGCCGGCGCCGUGCAGCUGGUGGCCGACCAGGCCGGGGCCCUCCAGGGGACGGGCAAGAGCGUCUACAUCCACUGCACUGCGGGUCUGGGCAGGGCUCCGGCGACUGCGCUGGCGUACAUGUACUGGUGCCGAGGCUUCAGCCUGGCGGACGCCAUCGGCACGUUCAUGGCGGUGCGGCCGUGCAACCCGCGCAUCGGCGCCAUCCGGCAGGCCACCGUGGACCUCCUCGUGGACGGCACUGCGCUCACCCCCGUGCGCAUCGCCGUCAGCCGCUCCUUCGGCGCAACCUCCCUGCAGAUUGCCGGCCUGGAUGUGGGAUGGGGUCAGCAGAUAGAAAUGGACUAUGACACGGAGACACAUCGGCAUGUGGUCACACGGUCUCUGCCGCCAGGAAGGUACCCCUACAAGUUCAUCAUGGACGGCCGCUGGACCUACUCAGCCGAUCACCCCACAUUCACGGAGGGUGACCACACCAACAACUAUGUGGAUGUGAUCAGUACCGAAACAAGCCCUGCGGCGGAUGAGGCGAGAGAACGAUUAAUGAGUGAGACCGGGAACCUCACUCCAGAGGAGAGAGAAAAGCUCGAGUCUACUUUCGGCGUUGCAAGCUGACACAUGAGAAGAGAUUCCGGGUUGCCACUCUUUUGCAAGGCACUUGUUAUGGGGGAUGUUUGUGUAAAUGUCCAGGCACAUUGCCUGGAACAAUGAUGAUGGAUGAGACUCCAAAACACCUGGGAAUCAGGAGCAUUUGUGCAAACAGCUGAUAGAGUGUUGUGAGACUCUCAACAAUGAGUAUUUUGCAUUGAAGUGGUUUGGCAGAGUCCAUUUUCCAAAGAUGCCCAUCAUUACUUUGAGUGAUACUGCCGGCAAUGUGUACUAAAAAAGCUACAUAUAUUGAUAGCGUUUCUUGUGCCAAACAUGGCAUGUAAUCAUCAGUGGU